AUGGCUGGUGCGGAGCUCGCGGGCGCGUUUUCCUGCCCGCUGCACCUUUCCCGAUUUGAGGUUUUCCCCCCCCCUUUGCCUUGCAGGGAGCUGGAGCUGCGCUUCGGCGUGUCCGAGGUGCCGGCCGUGGUGGUGCUGAAGCCCAACGGGGAGGUCAUCGCCAGAAAUGCCGUGGAGGAGAUCCAACGCCUGGGCCCCGCCUGCUUCCAAAACUGGCAGGAGGCUGCUGAGCUGAUAGAUCGAAAUUUCCUCUUGGCGGAGGAUUUUGAAGACUGGACCAGGAGAAGCAUCACCGACCCCAUCCGCCGCCUCAAGUACAAGCUGGACAAGAAAACAGAGGAGAAGAACGAGGAAAGGAGAGAGGAAGAUGAAGGAGAUUCUUAAGGGCUCGGGAGGCUGCGGCUGUGCCGGCUGACUCGGCCGGAGCCAUCCCUCAGGCCACUGGCCCUCCCCGACACCUCCGGAGCAGCCACAUCCAUUGUAGAAUUCCACUAAAAUGACAUUAGUUUUCCAAAAGGUGAAUUAUUUUAAGGCAAACACGUGCUACUCCCACACACGGCUUUUCACAUCUGAAAAAUCGAUUAGUGUAGUAAGGCUAUUCCACCCCGACUGAAUUACAUUUCCUUUUCAUCACCCUAGGACCUAGCGUAGGAAAAGGGACAUCUUUGUCAUUUAUUUACCAAAAAAGUGAGGAGAAAAGGAACUGCUAGAGACCAGCAGUCAGCGAAUGACUCGCUAAACAGUUUUAAAAAUGGGAUUUGCAUUAAAAAAAAACCCCACGGGACACCCAAGCGUUGCUACGGGGGAGCCGUGGACAGGAACACAAUCCCUAUGAGAAACCCACGGAGGGAUUUUUUUUUUUUUUUAGGAGACAGGCCCCCAUGUGUUAAUGUCCCACGUUGCUGCUCACAUUACACUGCUGAAAAUUUACAUUUGGGACAAAUCCUGCCGAGGAGCAGGUUGCUCUCUGACUGGAAUUACAACGCGCAGCAGCUGCCUCCCCGUGCAAGCCGCCUGGUUUUAUCUGCUAAUCGUGGUUGCCAUCUGCUGCUGCCGAGUGCCCAGCGCUGCUGCCAGGAAGCCGAGACCCAUCCCGAGUGGAAAAUCUGCCUGUCCUAAACCUCCCGCGGCUUGCAGCGGAUGGGAAACGUGCCAGGGCAGCGCCUCGGAAACAUCCCUCUGCUUCAUCCUUCCAAAUUCAACAGAUUUGUAGGGAGCGGCUGAGGGGGAACACGCUCUGUAGCGGAAAAUCUUAUUUACGGAGCCUGCAGGGCAUCCUCCGCUUUCUGCAAUCAAGGGGUCUGAAAAGCAGGAGAAAGGGGGGGAAAGGACUGUUAAUUUGCUCAUUUCUGGUGUCCUGUUCUCCACCAGAUCACUGCGGGGUGAGCGGAGGAUUUCCAAAAGCUCCGUGAAGGAUCUGGGAAGGAAAGUGCAUGCGGAAGACAGAGAGGCCAUGCAAGGUCGGCUCGUUCAACUUGUUUUCUCACUUAAUCCUCCCUCUCUUCACCCAGCAAGUUUGACAGGGCAGGAGGAGAAGUCCUACAAAAUAAACAGUUGGGAGAGACUCCGCUUCAGGCAGGACAGGAAGGGCACUGCCUUCGGGCUGCUCUGUGGUGCGCGGACACGGCGGGAAAAGGCACAAAUAAAACCCCAAAAGUGCUUUCAGGUGAGGUACCUGCUGGAGGAGUGACACUGGGCUGGCUGGUGCUCGCUGCCGAAACACUUCGGGCUGUGGCCAGCGGUGAGUACACCUGCAUUUAGAAAAGGAGUUUUGUUAAAUCACAAAUUAGGAACCUGGAGCAGUGGGAGGGAGGCGAAGGGCAACGUCUCACCGUGAUUAACUGGCAGCCAGGUGCUUCUUCCCGUCCCCGUGGAACUUUGAUGUCGAUAAAAGGACACUCUCCACCUGAAUUUAUGUAAAGGUCAAUAGUAGCAAACGUGGACUUUUACCAGCCCCACCCAUUUUUAUUUUUUUUUUAAACCGUUGUCUUUUCCUCUGUUCAAAACUGAAAGUUGCCCUUUUCUCGAUAGUUGUGUGGAAGAACAAGAGGCCACGGAAGGGACUGAGUGAUAGUGAAAAGUGAAUCUGCCAGCACGGGAAAGUGCUGCUGGGCCAACAUCAUCAUCGCCAUAAAGAAAAUCAACUGCCUUAGUUCCUCUCCUUGA